CCCGCGCUCAGCCAUCUUGUGGAAAACGGUGAGAGAGAGGAAGAGCGAGCGAGCGAGUGAGUGAUAGAGCUAGAGAGAGAGAGAGAGAGAGAGAGAGCGAGCCACACAACUCGAAUACAAACCUUGUGCUGUCAGAACAAGCAGAGAACCUUAAAGGAAGUAUGGGCGAAACCCAGACACUCAACUUUGGACCAGAAUGGCUCCGUGCCCUGUCUGGAGGUAGUGGCAACAGCAGCGGUGGUGGUGGUGGAAGCAGCAACCCUGUUGCCUCUCCACCCCUCUCCCCUGUGUUGCCAACGUAUAAACUUGCAGACUAUCGCUACGGGAGAGAAGAGAUGUUAGCACUUUAUGUAAAGGAUAACAAGAUCCCUAUAGACCUACACGAUAAGGAGUUCCUGCCCAUAUUGCAAGAGGAGCCCCUGCCGCCUCUGGCACUCGUGUCUUUUACAGAGGAGGAACAGAGAAAUUUUUCCAUGUCUGUAAACAGUGCAGCAGUACUUCGGCUGGCAGGCCGGGGAAAUGGUCCAAUAGUGGGGGCACCAAGAGGCCGAAGUACCUCAAGGGGUAGAGGCCGAGGAAGAGGAGAUGGAGGGUUUUACCAAAGAAGUUUUGAUGAUGUGGAAGGUUUUGGUCGCGGAGCGAGGGAGAUGCAUCGCUCCCAGAGCUGGGAGGAGAGGGGAGAUAGGAGGUUUGAAAAGCCAGUUCGAAAAGAGCCAGAUGCUGCUCCGGGACAUUUUCAAUUGAACCACAUCCGAGCAAACUACGAGGACGUUGUGCCAGGCCUACCAAGGAAGCAUGACUUGUUCCGUGCAGAGAGUGGGAACUGGCGUUCUUCUCGUGAUGAUCAGAAUGGCGAGGAAGAUGAGUGGGCCCGUCGACUCGCAGCUUCUCAACGGGACGGUGACCGGUGGUGCCCCCCCAGCCCAGAUGCCCCUCGGUCUGCAGGGUGGCGGGAAUACCCAGAGCAGCGUCGGCGUUUCCCGUUCGAUGCGAGAGAAGAGGAGCGCGGCUACAGGAGGCCACGGUCAGGCAGCGGCAGCCUGGAAGACGAGAGAGACAGUCUGCCGGAGUGGUGUCUGGAGGACGCAGAAGAGGAGGCAGGCACCUUCGACUCUUCAGGCGCCUUUCUCUCGCUCAAGAAAGCAUCAAAGGAACCGAUCCUGGAAGAGGCAGAGCUCGACUUCAAGCCCCUGGAAGAGUGUGAAGAGGGCUUGGAGGAGGAGGACGGUCAGCACAAGGAGACCAAAGAGACAGAAUCGGCGGCUGAUCGAAAAGAGUUUUCCAGAGUGUCAGAAGAGCCUCCACCUGUUGCACCUCCUGUCUCGGAUCCUCAAAUCUCUGGCCAGUCUUUUCCCCCAGGCCAGCCGAGUAGGACAGAGGAGGCUGAGAGGCUAGUUGAACGGCAGCCACCCCUGGAGCUCCCUCCAGAGACCUGCAAAGUCCCCCUGCACAUCCCGAUGUCCAACAGCAGGCUGAAGUCCCUACCCAUGACCCACAUUUCUACCACCCUUACAGAUGUAUCUGCUCCAUCGCCAAGUGUCAAGCUACCGCAGCAAAAGCCCAUGGAGGUUCCUGUGUCCUUGAACAACCCUUUACCCUUCCCUUCGAAUAUAAUGGCACAUAUAGGCCGGCCUACUGCUGUGACACACGACACAGAUGAAGAUGAGGGACUAAAACACUUUGAACAGGAGGCAGAAAAGAUGGUUGCGUACCUACAAGAUGGCGUGGUGGAUGAUGACAGACUAGCAGCAAAGACUUCAGAGAAGCCCAAGCCUGCAAGUAUGCCGCUCACCCAUGAAGCUGCUCUCAAGUGGUUCUACAAAGAUCCCCAGGGGGAGAUACAGGGUCCAUUCAAUAACCACGAGAUGACUGAGUGGUUUCAAGCUGGUUACUUCACAGUGUCUCUAUUGGUCAAAAGAGGAUGUGAUGACGUAUUUCAGGCACUUGGAGAGAUCAUGAAGAUUUGGGGGAGGGUACCGUUCACUCCAGGCGCUGCUCCUCCACCUUUACAGGGUGAUGGUGACCAAGAGAGGUUGAAGAGGCAGCAGGAGGUCACUGCUCUCAAUCUCUACCAGUUACAGCAGCUCCAAUAUCAAUACCUUCUCAGGCAGCAGUAUGCUCAGGCCCUGGCCCAGCAGAAGGCUGCAGCUCUUAGCUCUGCUCCUCUUCAACAACAGCAGCAACACCAACAGCAGAUCAACCUGCUACUACAGCAAUACCAGGCACUCAAGAUAAGAGCGUCUGAAAGCCCCCUACCUCCUGUGACCCGGUCCUUGUCUGUACCAGACUCUGGUUCUGUGUGGGAAAUGCAGAACUCGUCCUCUCAGGCUUCCUGCACACCAAAACUCCAACAAGCUGCUCCGAGUACAUGGGAUGGCACCAGUGUUUGGGAUUUACCCAUAGACUCCAUGGCACAGGCUCCAACCAUCGAGCAGAUGCAACAGUUAGAAAAGUCAAAGGCUUCAAAGUUGGAGCUAGAGCGGCGUGAGGCAGAGAUGAGAGCCAAAAGGGAGGAAGAGGAGAGGAAACGACUGGAGGAGGCCCUGAGGGCUCGACAGGAGGAGGAACGCAAACGAUUAGCAGAAGAGGAGCUGGCUCUGCAGAAACAGGAGGAGGCUUUGAGGCGGCAGCGAGAGCAAGAAGAGGCACAGCGCCGGCAAAAAGAAGACGAGGAGAGACUGGCACAGGAGGAGGCUCUAAGAAGACUAGAGGAGAGGCGGAGGGAAGAAGAGGAGCGGAAAAAACGAGAAGAGCUCCUUCGCAAACAGGAAGAGGAGCGCAGAAAGCAGGAGGAACUUGAAGCAUUGCGAAGGCGUGAGGAUGAGAAGCGAGCUGAGGAGGAGGCGGUGGCUGCUGCUGCGGCGGCUGCUCUCGCACAGCAGCAACAGGAGGAGCAGAAAAAAAGAGAGCAGGAGGCGCAAAGACAGCAGGAGCUGCAGAGACAGAGGCAGCAGCAACAAGAGGCCCUCAGGAGACUUCAACAACAGCAGCAACAACAGCAGCUCGCACAAAUGAAGCUUCCAUCCUCUUCGAAGUGGGGCCACCAGUCAGCCAAUGCCAUAAACCAGACUCAGAACACCCUGUCACUGGCCGAGAUCCAGAAAGGUGAAGAGGAGCGAGAGCGACAGGCCCUGGAGGAGCAGCGACGUCAGCAACAAGAGCUCCUGAAGCUACAGCAGCACCAAGCCCUGCACCAGGCUCAGCAGCCUCAGGCCAAGCUGUCCGGUUGGGGAACUGUGGCCAAACAGCCAGUUGCUACCAAGUCCUUGCUGGAAAUUCAGAGGGAGGAGGCCCAGCAGAUGAAACAGCGAAAGGAGCAGCAGCAGCAGCAGAAACAACAACAGCAGCAGCAACAGAAGCAGCAGCAGCAGCAGCAACAACAACAACAACAACAGCAGCAGCAGCAGCAACAACAACAACAACAGCAGCAGCAGCCGUCUCCGCCACCACAGCAGCAGCAGCCACCACAACCACAACCCGUUGUCCCCCAGCAGAGCCGCACACAAAACAGAACCACAUCUCUGAGUAACUCGGUGUGGGGCUCUGUCAGCACCAGCCCCUGCACUAACUGGGGCUCGGACUCCAGCAGCAUCUGGGGAGACACCCACAACUCUAACAUGGGCUUCUGGGACGAGGCCGUGAAGGAGGCUGUUCAGCAACCUCCUCCAACCAAGAAAGGAAGCACGCAGAAGAAUAACAAAGGGAACGCCAACCUCAGUAACUCCGGGAGUGGGCGAGUCAACAAGAAGGUAGAAGAGGAGGAGAAGCUGCUAAAGUUGUUCCAAGGGGUCAACAAGAGCCAGCAGGACACCUUCAUGCAAUGGUGUGAGCAAACCCUGCACACCCUCAACGCAGCCAACAAUCUGGAUGUUCCUACGUUUGCUUCCUUCCUGAAAGAAGUGGAUUCUCCAUAUGAGGUGCACGACUACGUCAGGGCCUACCUGGGGGACACUCCAGAGGCCAAGGACUUUGCCAAGCAGUUCCUGGAACGUCGUGCCAAACAGAACGCAAAUCAACAGAAGCAGGCGCCGCAAAACCAACAGCAGGCCAACAAACAGCAGCCGGAUUCUGUAUGGGGCGGAUCAGGAUCGCCGUCGCUCUACCAGUCGUCCAACCAUUCGAGUGGCCAGCAGCAGCAGCGCUUUGAGACCGUCACCUCAGGGAAGAAGAAAAAGAAACAGAAGAUGGUCCGCGCAGACCCCAGCCUUCUAGGUUUUUCUGUGAACGCGGCCUCUGAGAGAUUGAAUAUGGGAGAGAUAGAGACUUUGGAGGAGUUGUAAGGGACUGCCGCCAACCAACGCCACUGACUGUAUCCCAUUUUGAACAGCAGCUGUUUCACCCCAAACUCCUCCCCCGGACUCGGACUGCUGCCACCACUUUCACCUUUUUUUUAUUUACAGUUUCCCACUUAUCAGACAUUCUCUGGUUGUUUUUGUCCCCAUAGUUUCUAAAUUGUGAACAAACGGGGGAUCUCUGAGGCCCAGUGUGUGUUUUCCCGUUACUAGCGGACGUGUAAUCUUACUAAAAGGAGAGAACUGGUCUGGAGCAGACUGACCAGUGGAACAUCCCCGUCACCUGACGAACUCGAGUUUGUGGAGAAGGAGUCUGUUUGGCUGCUCCACCUCAAAGCAUGUACCCGUUUUAGAAAUCCACUGCGAUGACACAUUUCAAAUUUGGCCUCGAACGUACGGGAUCGUUUCUUUUAAAAGUGGGGACAUAUGGAUGGGGUUGUGGGGAUAUUCUGCAAAGGUUAGAGAGAUUAUAUCCAUAGUUUUGUUUUAUUUAUUGACAUUUUUUCCCCUUACAAUUUAAACCCCCCUUCCUCCUCCUUUCCCCUCCCCGUUUUCUGCUGGGUGUUCAUGGAUAAGUGUGGCACAGUAGAGCCCAAGGAUUCGUACCCACUUAUGUCCUGUUUUAAGGGCAUGUUCAAAAGUUCCAAGUAGUUAUCUAUUUCUUGUAAAAUACUAGGCUGUUUAAAGAAUAAACUUUCAACUCUGCAUCUGUAUUAUAAUAUAUGAAAUGAUCUGCUGGACUCAUACUUUUUUUUUAUUGCAGUAUGGAAUAAUAAAACAAUCUGAUGUGUGGGGCUGUUCA